AUUACCUAACUUCCUCUGGGUGUUUUUGCCUGAAUUUGCAAACGUUUAAGGGCUUAGGGAGGCUAGGCGACGAAGAGCGACUUUUAACACAUUCUCUUGUCCCUUUUGACCUCCACCUUUAAAAAGUCCCGCGAUUCGGCGGAAAGUUGAGAGCGCUGUUCGGAGGGGUCCAUCCCCAGAGCGUAACACCGACCUCCAGGAAAUGAGUAAACUAGAAAGUGAUCGUAGUAAGCGUCGUCGCUAAAAAAAAAAAAAACAGGCGGGUAGGAUGCUAAGGAAAAAAGGAAGCCUCUCCAACUGAACUCUUCUUAUCUGCGGAGGAGGGGGAGAGCAACGGGACCAGAGUGAACGAUUGAAUCCGACAAAAAGUUCGCUGCAGGACGCAGACGGGCUUUGCCAUGCCAGCAGUUGGAAUCUUCAGUGUGUGCCUUGUGGUGAUUGCAGCUAUUGUCAACCAUCCACUCCUCUUCCCAAAGGAGAAUGUUACGGUCCCUGAAAACACAGAGGAGAUCAUCCAGAAAAUGAAAGAGCGGGAGGAGAGCCUGAGGCUAGAACGGCUUAAACUGGAGCAGGAGAUGGCUGUGCAAGAGACUUUAACCAAGUCUUCAGAAAAGGCCGUAGAGUCAGAAGAGCAGUACACCUAUGAUCCACUCUCUUGGAACUUCUGGACUGCCCUGUCCUUGGUAGUUUUCUUUUUGCUGAUUGAGCUGUGGAGGCAGGACUACCAAGAAGGGACAUGGCAAGACUACAGCAUUGAGGAAGAUGAAAAUGCAGUGCUGGGAAAGGCAUUCAAGGGGCUUGUCCUGCCAGAUAAAGUCACAUUGGUUAAUUUCUAUGAAAGAUGCAUCCAGACUGUGACCAGUGAAAUUGCUAGGAACAGAGAGCUUGUGGAAGGAUUUGCAGAUGAUUUACUAGAGGCUCUAAGGAGUGUAUGUAACAGGGAUGCAGACAUGGAAGUAGAGGAAUCCAUAGGAGUUGGGAGCAUGUAUGAAAACUGGAGGGUUCAAAAACCCUUGGCCUGUGACUUUAUUGUCCCUUUUUCUCCUCCAGAGCCAUAUUGUUUCAAAUUUGAGACGUGGCUUUCAGGAGAAUCUGUUCCACCAGACAAACAAGGUUAUGGUAUGAUAAAGAUCUGCCGGGCAGAUGAGAACUCAACAGGCUGUAUCUGUGACAAGACAAAGCUGGGGGAAGACCUAUUGUGCCUCCUUCAUAGCAAAAAGAACCAGGCUAGACACAACAACCAUAUGGAGGACCUUCUUUGCUACAAAGACUCUCAAUAUCUUGAUGGUGACCAGGUUAUGACAUGGUUCCAGGUUGCACUUACCAAGGCAUGGAACAAGAUUUCACACAAGUAUGAAUUCAAUCUCACUUUCAGUCUCCUAGACUCUCCUGGUGCCCUAAAAAUAAAGUUCAGGUCUGGAAAGACCAUUGCCUUCAACCUUAGCCCUGUGGUCCAGUUUGCUGAUUCUGAUGUAUACUUUAUCUCCCACUUCCCAUGCAGUGGCCUGGCAGACGGUUCCACAUCCAGCAUUCACUGGUUUCUCACAUUUGCAGUGUAUGAGAAAAGGUACAUCCAGUUUGUUUCAAAAAUUCUGCCUGUCAACUCCUGCCACCUUAGCUGUCUCCAGAUCCUAUCCUUCCUUCAUGGAAAGCAGUGUAGUCUAACAGGACCAAGCAGUCUUACGAACUACCACUUGAAAACAGCGAUGCUGCAUUUGCUACAGACCCAUCCCACUUCAAACUGGGCUUCUGACUUCCUGGAGGCCAGGCUGCAAGACGUGCUCAAAUUUUUGGAGAAAAGCUUGCAAGAAAAGAGGCUUUACCAUUUUUUCAUUGGAAACAGGAAUUUGCCAGAGGAACUGGGCAUUCCAGUGGUGUUCCAGAAGGCGGAACCUAUGAACCUUUUCCGUCCCUUUGUAUUGCAACGAAGUGCUUACAGGAAAACGAUGGACAUGUUUCAUGAGAUGCUGAGAAAUACAGCUGCUUUAAUAAAUGAGUACACUGUGCACGUCCCCAUGGGAAGGGCAACUCCACUAAACAAGGAACCACUGUAGUAAAGCAGUUGGCCCCAAAUCUUUGAAAACUACAACACAAGCAGAUCUCCCCAUCUAUGGAAGACUGAAACUAAUGGGGGGGAGGGUGUCUGCAAAUGAUUCCAAAGAUUCAAAAGUGCAUGAGCACCAUGUCUCUAUUCUACCAGUAUUGCUGGUUGAUGUAAUGCAGCUUUGAAUGUUUUAUCACUGAGUAGAAUGUUUGCCAGGAUAGUGAGAAAUAUGAAAGAAGCCUCUAAUUUAUUCUUCUAUCUGCAUGGGGAUUUCCUAGGUGUGUGCUUUGUUUAAGGUGGGAGUCAUGGCAUCUCUGCAAAAACAGCUCUGUCUUUCCAAAUGGCAGCAGCUCUCUUGGGACAAGCGUUGUUUUGAUGUUCUUGACAGAAGGGUUUCAAGUCUGUACUUUGCAAAUGUACCAACCUUCAUUGCAUGACUUUGGCUGCGGUCACACACACUAAAUAAUCCAUUUUCAAUCCACUUUAA